AUGAGAACACUUAUUAUAUUUGGACUGCUCAGCUUUGCCUUUGCCAAACCCGGUGGCAGGAAGCCACAUGGACCAGCAGCUACUAGCCUACUGAACAUCAACAAAAGUGGGUGUGGCACACAAACCUUUCUUCCUUCAUCCACGUAUAUUGUCGGUGGAUCUGAAGCAACACCAAACAGCUGGCCAUGGAUGGCACUUUUGGAAUACAAUGGCUACCAUGUGUGCGGUGGAACAUUGAUAUCUAACAGACAUGUAAUGACGGCGGCCCACUGUGUAGAGGGGACAAUGGGUGUUGCUUCCAAGUGGACCGUUCGACUAGGUGUUCACGAUAAAACCAGUUCAAAUCCCCAUGAGCAGAGCGCUUUACUAAGUUCCAUCACCAGUCACAGGCGCUACAGUAGCGCUAACAUCAACAAUGACAUCGCCAUCAUGGAACUCAAUAGUCCUGUCACAAUCAACGAUUACGUCACCCCCGCUUGUGUGACAGACACGGAUGUGCAGGCGGGAACUAACUGUGUUGCUGCUGGCUGGGGAGACACACAGGGAAAUGGAUCCUCUAACAUCUUACGACAGGUAACUGUGCCCAUCAUUUCCCAGGAGAUAUGUUCUAGUGCUCAGUACUAUGGCAGAUACCUCAACACUAAAACUAUGCUGUGUGCUGGAUAUGAAGAGGGCGGCAGAGACGCCUGUCAGGGGGACAGUGGUGGACCCUUGGUGUGUCCUACUGCCGGAAAUACAUGGACCCUUACAGGUAUCACAAGCUGGGGAUUCGGUUGUGCCGAGGCCUUCAGUCCCGGAGUCUACACUCGUGUGUCCAACUAUUUCGAAUGGAUCUCCAACAACACGUCAUGA